UAUUGCUAUCUCUUUAGACCUUUAUUAGGAGUCGAUAACUUUGGUGUUGAAUCCUUCACGAGAAAUGGGUUUAUUAAUUGGAAGGAUGGACCAAAGUUAUUUGAUGAUUAUGCUAAUUCCACUGCUCACAACAAGGCAAGAAAGGAUUAUGAGUCCUACAAAAAUCAGAGACAAAGUGUGAGACAUGUAGUAGCUAAGGGUACUAAGAAGGGAGAAGAAGAAUAUAGAGGUUGUUCGUUAUAUUGGGAGUCGUAAGAUUUCUUUUCCUGCAAGCACAUGCUUUUUCGUGGACAUAAUGAGUACUCCAGCUCGAGCAGCAAGGGAAACUUUUUGAGAUGCUAGAAUGGUACAAGGAAAAGGAUGAAAAUGCUGCGCGGUUGCUUGGUACUGCUGGUGUUGGACUGCCAGGAUGUCCAAUGUGACCGUGUGCGUGCGGUUCAGACCGCUGAGUCACAAAGAGAGGAAGGCUAAUGCUGACAAUGUCUGCUUCAGGAAACUGGACUCCGAGUCUUUUGUUUUCAAGGAUGAGAGGGAAGAAGAUGUUAUAUUCAGCUUUGACAAGGUGUUCUAUGAAGAUGCGCAACAAUCUGAUGUCUACAACUUCCUGGCAGUGCCCAUUGUUUCAGAUGCCAUCAACGGAAUAAAUGGGACUAUAAUUACUUAUGGUCAGACUGGGGCUGGAAAGACAUAUAGCAUGGAGGGACCAAGCAUCUUGCACUGCAAUGAGCAGAAAACUGGACUGGUACAGCGAGUUGUGGAUGAGCUAUUUGUAUGUUUAAGAUCAUCAGCAAGCACAUGGACUGUAAAAUUGUCAAUGGUGGAGAUAUAUUUGGAAAAAGUGAGGGACCUUCUCGAUUUGUCCAAAGACAACCUACAGAUCAAGGAGAGUAAAACCCAAGGGAUAUUCAUUUCUGGAGCAACAGAGAUAUCUAUUGUGAACAGUUCGGAUGCAUUAGAGAACCUUUCUCAAGGAAUUGCCAACAGAGCUGUUGGGGAAACACAAAUGAACCUUGCUAGCAGUAGAAGUCACUGCUUAUACAUUUUCUCAGUACAGCACGGAUCUACUUCAGAUGAGAGGGUAAAAGCAGGGAAGAUUAUUCUUGUUGACUUGGCUGGUUCUGAGAAAGUUGAGAAAACUGGUGCUGAAGGGCGGGUUCUCGAUGAGGCAAAAACAAUAAACAAAUCCCUCUCAGCUCUAGGAAAUGUCAUCAACGCCCUAACAACUGGUAAACAGAACCAUGUGCCUUUCCGUGACUCAAAGCUUACACGCAUUCUCCAAGAUGCAUUGGGUGGCAACUCAAGAGCAGCGUUGCUGUGCUGCUGUUCUCCCAGCCCAUCAAAUGCACCAGAGAGCCUGUCUACGCUUCGCUUCGGAACCAGGACAAAGCUCAUAAAGGCUUCUCCAAAAUCUAUUCCUGAGGUGGUGGACAAUGCCAAGAAGCCCAUCCUUGGGACCCAUGAUCAAGAUGAUCUGCGUGAUAGGAUACUGACCAAGCUAAGGUUGAGCCUGAAAGAGCAAGAUGUAGACCUCCUGGAGGAGCUGUUCCUGCAAGAAGGCAUCAUCUUUGAUCCCGAUUCUAUCACGGACAUCGACUCGGCGUGCCAGGAUACCGCAAGCGAGGAGAUCUCGUUGCUGAUGCAAGCCGUGGAAGAGCUCAAAGGAACCGUGGAAGAGCUCACUGAUGAGAACGAGAAGCUCAGGCGUGAGCUCGAAGUCGCGCAGGAGAUCGCCGCUCAGGCCCAGCUUGCUGCCGCUGCCGGAGCAGCAGCCCGGAGCCGUACCCUGCUCGAUUUCGUGCCGGCGCCCCUCCUCCGGCCGUUUGGGUUUGUUCCAGACUGAUGGCUAGAGCCGAAUAUCGGAUGCCUGUCCGUGUAUCUCGCUCGGCUCAUCGCAUAUGAGGAGCUAGCGGACGAACCAUGUCAUACAUUUGCAGUACAGAUCAUGGUAUACUUUGAGGAUCAGCCUGUUUGAAAUGCGGCGGCGGAAAGAAAAUUAUCGACAUGCAUAUCAGAUUUUCUCGUGUGAAA